AUGUCCUGUCAACGCUACAAUACAAUCACUUCUAAUGCUACCACUUCUAAUACAACCAAUCUUGACUCAACCAAUUCUAAUCCACCCACUUCUAAUACAACAAAUCCUGACCCAACCAAUUCUACUCCAACAUCUUCUAAAGCUCUUCCAGAAACCUCCCAAAACACACAAUAUAUAACAAAUCUACCUUAUAACCAAACAGAACAAAAACUUUCUGACAAAACCUUAAUAUCCACCUCUAACGAUCACCCAGCAUCUUCCCAAAACAUAUUAGUUCAGAUCCCAGACGUACAGGUCUCUAAUAACCAAUUAGAAUCUACCAUAGAAACUGACGACAUGUCAAGACCUACAAAUAAUACAAAUGAAACAAACACUUUAAAAAUCCCAACAUCAUCAACUUCCAACAAGAUUAGCAAUCUUACUCCAUUAGAAAUAACACAACCUAAAAUUAUUCCAAACGUCACAAAACAUCUAAAAAGGCUCAUCUCAUCGUCUCCUGAAAUCAACGAAAAUACCACACAGACCGAUUCUCAUAUCUUCACUUCUCCAGGUAGGAUGGCCCUUUGUAAGCCGGCAAGCUCUCAAGGUGUGGAAGAUGGCCAUGAAGAAAUUCAACUUUACGACACAGUCGAAAGAAUAAUAGUAUUUAACAGUGUUCAUAAAAUAGCAGCUGGACAACAUAAUGCAUAG